AUGUCCCAUGAUCGACGUAUUGGAUAUUAUGAGUUGUUCAAAAUCCAUAAAGGAUGCCACACGAUUGAGCCAGAGAGUCUGAUCAUUGAGCCGUUUACUCAUAUCAACCUGGCCUUUGUAAAUUUUGGUGACGAUUCCAAGUUGGAAGAUGAGUACGGCGACAUUGUGGACCGCGUGUCGUUCUCGAAGUUUACACACCCAGGGCUGCGGGUAAACAUUGCGGUUGGGGGGUGGAUGUUGAAUGACGCUCCGACGCAGCACCUUUGGACUCAGAUGGUCAAAUACCUGAAGGAUUACUACCUUGACGGUAUUGACAUUGACUUGGAGUAUCCGUCAGCAUCGGAUAAGGGCGGAGAACCUCAAGACGCGGCGAAUUUUGUGACCCUUUUGGGUGAGCUGCGGGAGGCCUUCGAUCGCGAUAAUCCUGGCUGGGAAAUCUCGGCGACACUCCCAACGAGCUACUGGUACUUAUGCGGAUUUGACCCUGCCGGGAUGGCUAAAUAA